AUGACUCUGAGCUCCGAGAUGUCGGAUGCCUCCAUCCUCUCGGAAGAGACCGACAUCGACGUGGUCGGCGAGGGCGAAGACGGCGGGGACGGCCCCACGCGCUCCUACGUCGACGAGGUGGCGCAGAUGCGCGACGGCAUCCUUCUGGCGGGCUCCCCGCCGUGCGCGGACGGCUCCUCGUCCCGGGACGCCUACAAACCGGCGAGCAAGAACACGCUGGUGAAGCCCCCGUACUCCUACAUCGCCCUGAUCACCAUGGCCAUCCUGCAGAGCCCCAAGAAGCGGCUCACCCUCAGCGAGAUCUGCGACUUCAUCAGCAACCGCUUCCCCUACUACAGGGAGAAGUUCCCGGCGUGGCAGAACUCCAUCAGGCACAACUUGUCCCUGAACGACUGCUUCGUCAAGAUCCCGCGGGAGCCGGGCAAUCCCGGCAAGGGGAACUACUGGACCCUGGACCCGGAGUCGGCCGAUAUGUUCGACAACGGCAGCUUUCUGAGGCGGAGGAAGCGCUUCAAGCGUCAACAGGCGCAGGACCUGCUGCGGGAGCACACUGGUUUUCUCCCCGCGGCCGCGUACGGCUACGGACCCUACGGCUGCGGAUACGGUAUCCAGCUGCAGUCCUACCACACGCAUUCUGCGCUGUUCGCCUUCCAGCAGCAGCAGCAGCAGCAGCAGCAGCAGCAGUCCAGGCACUCGCACACGGGGAGCAUUAUCCCCGCGCCCUCUCUGAUGCCCCCCACCACCACCACCCCCACCACCACCCCCACCGCCACCGACUUGGCCCGGAGUAGGUUUUACCCGCAGCUCAGCUCGGGUCUCUCUUCCGCCCUGCAGAGUUCGGCCCCCGUGCACAAGUCCGCCUCGCCCGCCCAGCGCUCCCCGUUCUCCAUAGAGAGCAUCAUCGGGGGGUCGGUGAGCCCCACGCACUCCCCCCACUGCGCGUCGCGGACUCCCCCCGCGGUGCCCGUGUUGUCCUCCGCCCUGACGGCGGCGGCGGGCGGCGGCGGCCAUGCAGGGACUGUCCUGCACACGGUCCAAAACUUUCACAGCAGACUCGUUAACGGCGCUAGCGGCUGUUAA